AUGGCGAACAUGUUUCGCGCGGUGACGGUUUCGGCUGUGAGCGGCGACGGCGCGCUCACGCCGCGCUUUAAUUUCCCUACAAACGUAAACGUGGAUUAUGACCCGCAAGGAUUGAGUGUAACAGUGAUACGUGCUGACCCGGUGCUGGCCCAAGAGGUGCUUGAGUUCCCUGUCCAUAGUCAGAGCGAGUGCUCACGCGUUGCUGGACAAUCGUACAUAUUCACGAUUGACAAUGAAACUUUGUUCUUCAAGUUCGCGUCUGAUGCCGACUGUCAGGGUUUCCACCUGCUUGUCACCAAAAUUAAGGCGGGCAGGUCAUCAUCAGUGUUCACCGUGCGCACGGAGGAUUCCUCGGCGAUGCAAUACUUCCAAUUCUACGGGUACCUGAGUCAACAGCAAAACAUGAUGCAGGAUUACGUGAGAACGAGUACGUAUCAGCGCGCCAUACUGUCUAACAUCAACGAUUUUAAGAACAAAGUGGUUUUGGAUGUAGGCGCGGGUUCAGGUAUUCUGUCAUUCUUUGCUGCCCAAGCUGGUGCACGUAAAGUUUACGCGGUAGAAGCAAGUAACAUGGCGCACCACGCGCAAGCGUUAGUGCGAGCGAACGGCCUCCAAGACCGUAUUACGGUUGUUGCUGGGAAAAUCGAGGAAAUUGAACUACCUGAGACAGUAGAUGUGAUAAUCUCUGAGCCUAUGGGUUAUAUGUUGUACAAUGAGCGGAUGUUAGAAACAUAUCUACACGCGAAAAAGUGGUUAAAACCUAAUGGUAAUAUGUACCCAACAAGAGGUGAUCUCCACAUAGCACCAUUUACAGAUGAUGCGUUGUUUAUGGAGCAGUAUAAUAAGGCUAACUUUUGGUAUCAGACAUGUUUUCAUGGUGUUGACUUGAGUGCUCUUCGCACUGCUGCAAUGAAAGAAUACUUCAGACAACCUAUUGUAGAUACUUUUGAUAUUCGCAUCUGUAUGUCAAGAUCAGAAAGGCAUGUUGUUGACUUCCUAAAUGCACAUGAAACAGACUUACAUAGAAUUGAAAUACCAUUUAGGUUUGAACUAACUCAAUCAGGUACGUGCCAUGGUUUGGCAUUCUGGUUUGAUGUGUUAUUUGCUGGUGCUACCCAGCACAUAUGGCUCUCAACUGCACCCACUGAGCCCCUAACUCAUUGGUACCAAGUGCGCUGCUUGCUGGAAACACCAAUUUUUGCUAAGCAGGGCCAAGCACUUACUGGAAGAGUGUUAUUGUUGGCAAACAAGCGUCAAAGUUAUGAUGUCACUAUGGACAUCAAUCUAGAAGGCACAAAUAUUUCAUCAUCAAACACUUUGGAUCUCAAAAAUCCUUACUUCAGGUACACUGGGGCGCCAGCGGCGCCUCCUCCUGGUGUCAAUAACACUUCCCCAAGUGAAACAUACUGGAACUCUGUUGAUUCAACUGCAUCUCUGACCAAUGGCCAAGGCGUGAUGUUGACGGAUGCAACUCAGCAGUACUGCUCUACUCCAGACCAAACAAUUGCAUAUGGAGCACACCCUAACAUGAUCAAAACAGUAAUGUUGCAGGAGGAAUUUAUCAAGAGGAUUGGGAUUAGUCAAAAUGGGGACAUAUAA